CUUUAUUCAGUUCUUUGAUUUGUCUACCUCAUAAAUGGGAAUCCUCAACAACGGUGCAUUUAUUAUGUAAUUAUCAAAUUACAAGGUACAAAGUAUCUUAAAAUGAAAUGAGAAAAGAAGCAAGUUAUGACAUUCAAGUACAAAAUAAAAAUUGUAAUACUUUAAGAAUCAGAAGGAUAUUAAAUACUUUAAUUUUAUCAUAGCUUUUAUUAUUGGUGUGGCUUUGCCUGAUCUGACCUUAUUUUCUGGUUAGUGUAUUUUUUGCAGUAUAUGUAUUAAUUCAUAUAUUUCACAGAACAUCAGUCAUGUUAAUUACAAUCGAUGUUUUAUAGUAGCCGGGCGUCGUCUCGCGACCUUCUUAGUAAUUAGUAAUGCAACUCUUACGAUGUACCUAGGUGUGCAAAAUCCGAUCACAUGAAAUUGAACUACAGCCAACAUACACAUUUCGCGUCAUACCAUUUGAGCAUCAAUAUCACCUGUAAAGUGGAAAAUUUGCACGCUGCAAUCCAAAGUCUAAACAAUUAUAGCCUGUAAAUUGGAAAUGAAAUUAAAAAACAUACCUACCUACAUACCCAAGACUAUCUUCUUAAUACACAGUUUAUAACUGGGCAUUAUCAGAGAAUAUCGGAAGUUAUACAGAACAGUGACUGUUUUAAUUAUGUACCUACUUACGCAUUAGUUAUAUAAAGGCCUGAACAGGCAAAGAUAAGAUAUAAAUUGAAAUAACAACAUCUCCCAGGCGGCACAUGCUAGGAAGCUAUGAAGUGUAGAUAUUAAUUUCUUCUAAAUAAAGCAGUUAUUGAACAGAAAUAAAAAUGUUUAAACCAGUGACACAUGUUUUAUUUGAUAUGGAUGGGUUGUUAUUAAAUACAGAAGACCUGUAUACAGUGGGAUUCCAAAAAGUGGCUUCACGUUUCGGCAAGGAGUUUACAUUUGAAUUAAAAAGUAAAAUAAUGGGUCAGCAGAGCAAAGAGUUUGCGGGGACUAUCAUCAAUGACCUUGGCUUACCACUCACUGUUGAUGAGUUUUUGUCGGAGACGAGAGCGAUUUUCGAUGAAUUAUUUCCUCAGUGCCAGAUUAUGCCUGGAGUGGAAAAACUAAUACGCCAUCUUCACGAUCACAACGUCGGCAUAGGACUGGCGACAAGCAGCAGUAAGGAGUCCUAUGAUUUGAAGACUGUCAACCAUCAGAAGUUAUUCGAUCUCUUUCCUUGCAAGACUUGGGGGACUUCUGACCCUGAUGUGAAGAAAGGCAAACCUUACCCUGAUAUAUUUUUCGUAGCAGCCAACAAGUUUCCUGAUAAACCUGCGCCUGAGAAGUGCCUAGUAUUCGAGGAUUCCAUCAACGGCGUGAAGGCUGCGCGCGCGGCGGGUAUGCAAGUGGUGAUGGUACCAGAUCCGCGGCUCGACCGUGCGCGAGCGACGGAAGCCACGCUCAUUCUCGACUCGGUUGCCGACUUCAAACCAGAGCUCUUUGGAUUACCACCUUAUAAGAAUUAGAGUUAAUAUUUGUAGGUAAAUUGAUUAUCUAAAUUUUGUGUUUUUAUUUAUUUUGAAUAAUUUAUUAAGAGUUUUUAAAAUAAACUGCCAUGCAUUGUUUUUGUGGAUAGCGCGAAUAGUACAUAUCGCACCCUUAGAAUGAAAGUGACUUAAUUCAAAAUUCCUGUAAUACUCGUUUUUACAAUAAACUGACCUUAAAAAGCAUAAUCUAUAACCCUGUGAAUAAAAAGAGACCUAUUUCUAACUAUAACAGAGACUACGCUUAUUUCGGUCUCUUUCACUGGUUCCGCUAUUCGUUUACGCAUAUUGUGUGAAAGAGCCAGAACUAGUAUUACGUCAGAUGCGCUUGCGAGUGAACAUGUAAAACAUCGGCGAAUCUCAAAAAGUGUCCGUUUAUUGCGAAUACUGCCACGGUAAGUUACACAAUAUUUUUUGCCAUAAAGUGACAUUUUGAUUAAUACGUCUUUAUAAAACAAAAUAUGUAGGUAGUAUUCAGUGACCUUUUAAGGAUUAGGUCUAUUUAGUAAAAAAUAAUUAUAAAAGACAAACGACACUUAUAAUAAUAGGUCUGUCUAUGACUAAAGGCAUAUUCAUUAUUUUUGUUAUUCUUAAUAUUGAACCUGUUUAUUACUAAAAUUAAAAAGUUUAAGUUGUAACUUUUUUGGAAUAUGCCCCUACAAUAUUAAAGUUGUGUGGUAUGUUAAGAUAUUUAGGUACACAGAGCCACACAUCAGUGUAUUCAGAUCUGUGAAUUUCUACAAUUUAUUGAUCGAUGCUCACCUUAAACUUUUCCAACACGUUAUGAUAAGAUUUUAUUAACCUGAUGUGGCUUUUUUCCUACACCGUUUUACCGCAUUCCAACCCGUAUGCAUCCGACAGGACACCCGCCCACUUAACAUAAUUGUAUUGGUUUUUAUACCAAUACUUUAGCAUCCUAAUGAUAUCGCUUGGGAAGUUCUUGAUAUUUUCUCCAUUUUCACCACAAUUUUCUCCAUAGGCAGUCGUAAGAUACGAGGUCGAAAGCCUUGGAGAGGUCCAGAAAACAUGCAUAUACAGGUGUUUUCCUACUUGUAUAGUAUUGAACAGUCUGUUUGAGGCAUAGUAUAAGCUGUUUCCGUGGAUAAGAUUGGCUUAAAACCAAACUGGGCAUCGUUAAGUAUUAAAGUACUUAUCCAGCUGCUGGUCAAUCAGACUGUCCAACACCUUUGCAAUGAUGGUAGCCAGGGAUAUAGGCCUGUAGUUGCUCUUUUCACUCGCAUCUCCAGUUUUAUUCUUAACAAUAGGCACAACAAUAGUUUUAAGUAAAUCCGCUGGAAGAUACGAGUGACUCAGGCACAAGCUAAAAAACAUUGCUAGCACUCGCGGUAAGUGCUUACCAGCAUGCAGCAAAUGCUCUAUACUUAGGCUGUCAUGACCCAGCGACUUACCUCUCUUUAAGUUGCGUAUGACAGUAGCUACCUCCCUGGCCGUAAACCUAAUAGGCAUGUCUUCAGACCCCCCCACCACCUCAAGCCCACCAGACGACGUACCCAGGGGAGACCCAACCCUAAAGGUUCUACUAAAUAGGUUGGCGAUAUCACCAGGAUCACUAAGGCCAUCAAUACUCACAGGCAGACCCGACCUUUGAUUCAACCUGUUCGUGGCUUUCCAAAAACUACCAAAAUUCUUUGCGUCAUGAUGACUUGCAAUGAUGUCCAUUUUUAUUUGGUCCUUAUUAUUUUGGCACCAUUUCAAUUUACUUUUAAAAACCUUUCUACUUUCCAGCAUUUUUUCAUAUAAAUCACUAUUUUUCGGUCUACCAAACAACGUCCAGGUUUGAAAAUCCGAGCCUGUCUGUGUGCGUCCUUCACAUGCUUAUUCCAGCCCGUUAUGUAACUCUCUUUGCGCUGUAAUCCGUUCUUACAGUUACUUGCGAUUGCACCUUCAUAGAGUAUACGCACAAUUUCCGCAUAAAUAUUGUCUAAAAUAGUUUCAUGUUUUAUUUAUUUUUAUUUUAUUUAUUAAGGCAAACCAACAACAUAUACACAAAAACAAGUAUAGUUACAAAAUUUCUUACGUAAGUAUUUACUGUGUGAAUAUGUCACUUACAGGUAUGCACACCAUUUACAAUAAGUUACAGAGUUAUACUUAUUUAUACCAUUACUGCAGUCAAAACUAUGGAAAAUGUUCCUUAAUUCUACAUCUAGUUUUACUACAUUCAGUAAAUUCUAAGGGAAAGUUUACAUUUUUCAAGAGAUCAUUACAAUAAUUGCUAUAUAACUCAGUCUGCUGCAAAGCUCUGUCACCCCAAGUUACUUUGUUACAUUUAGGAAGUGCAACUUUUGGCCUUAAUAACUUAAGAUCACACUUUAUAAUUAGAGGUACAUGGUCCGACCAAGACACGUCAUAGAGCACACUAGCGUCUCUAACAGUGUUCCACGCCGCGUCUGUCACUACGCAGUGGUCUAACCAACUAGUAGAACCAUCUCAACUAGCACACUAGUGGAAAUAGCAGCCUAUUUGGCAACUGUUAGCUGUACAGUAGUGCUUUAGGGGUUCCGAAAGUAUCUUUAAGUUCUAUUAUUGCUUCCGUAGCUGCUCAUAGCUGUAAAUAUCACUAAAGGCAGCAGAAACUGAACCAAAUGUCACUCUGGGUUUUACAAGAGAUCAUUCUACAACCCAUUUGCAGCCUACAUCUUUAAAAGAGAGUUCAAACAAUUAUGUUAAAGGUUAAAGCUAAUAAAAAGUUUCUAUUGCCGCUGAUGUACGCGUUAGAACUGCAUAAAGACGCUAAUUGUAGACUUUUUAACGGAACUGUUUAAAAGAUAUAUUUAUCACUUUUCUGCCACUAAAGGUUUCAUUGCAGAAGUGAUUUGUUAUUUUGUGCAGACUUAAGUAGGAAUUUGAUCCUCUGUUCUACUUAUAGCCAACACAAGGCUCCACAAUAGAAGCAGGAGGUUAAUAGACAUUGCCUGCUCAUUUGGAUACAUUCUGUUAUUUUAUUCACAUAUUAUAUUCACUCAAUUACUGAUAACGAAUCAGUUACUUGAAUAAAUGAUAUUAAGACUGAAAUAAAUAAAUACACUCAGAUUUUUAUAAUAUUGCAUUUUAAUUUAAUACCCUAUGUCCAAAUAACUUUCAGUAUGACAGUGUCUUAUUAUUUAUUGUGUCUACGGAAUUAUUACCAAUAUGUGUCAUAAACAGACUUAAUUCUUAAAAAAACAUAGAAUGGAAAACAUAAUUUUGAAAUAAAGUGACUUAAUUUGAAACUACUUUAUAUUUUAUGUUAAAAUAUAUAUAAAAAAAUACUAUAAACAUAAAUUUGCAUUGUCAUUGUGAUCUCAAAAGGCUAAUCCACAAAUCUGGUAAAAAUCAAUAGUAAGCCAUUAAAAACGGAAGAGAUAUAUUAAGAUGUAUUAAGUAAUAUAAUUUUUUGAUGACGAUUUUGCUCAUUUCCCACAAAUUGCAUUUUUUGGAUUCGGUCACUUUCAUUCUAAGGGUGCGAUAUAUUGUGCAACUGUGUUGAUACUUCAAAUAGGUUCUCAAAAAUAUUGUGGAAAAUUGCUGUUAUGCCUUGCUGUGAAAAUGAUAUUGUGUAUAUUUAGUUAAUUAUGUAUAUAAUGUGGAUAUUGUAAAACUAUAUUGGAAUAAAACGUCAUAAUGGUGCUGUGAA